UGUUUAUGAUUUUCUAAACCAUUGCCCAAUAUUCCACUAAUUUAAUUUUGAGAACAUUAGAAAAUUGAAUAUAAUUUGAAUCGUCAUACUAUAAGUAUUCUGUAUAUAAUUAUAUUUUAUUGUAAUAUGCCAACUGGAACGUGUUUUUGGUGUAAGAUUUUCACAGUGGCGUUUUUGGGAGCAAUCAGCUUUAUCCUAUUUGUAAUAUCGCUAAAGGUUAACUUUCAAUGGGCCCUUACACAAGAGCACAUCCGUUUUCGAAAAGGUUUCCCCUCGCAAAAUAAUUGGAUAGCAUCGCCAUAUGGAACUUUGAAAAGUUACUUAUUUAACGUCACGAAUGGCGAAGCUUUUCUUAAUGGUACUGAUUCAAAAAUUAAGCUACAAGAGAUAGGGCCAAUUGUGUAUCAUAUUAAAGGAAGAAAUGAAAUCUUGAACCAAAGCGAUCAUAGCAUUAUUUAUCAAAAAUUACGUUAUGAUGACAUACAGUUCGACCCAGACGCCAGUUGUGCUCCAGAUAUACUUAAUCAGACCGUUAUUUUACCGAACUUUAUUUUGUUCGGCACUGCUGCUAAAUUCCAUGAUUGGGUUUUCCUUGUGAGACAUGUUUUUAAUGCAAUUACAGUAAAAGAACCCGUCCUAAUAAAAGAAACAAUAAAUUACUUUUUGUGGAACUUUACAACACCUGCACUAAAUUCAUUAUCCAGUUAUGUACCAAAUAUUGUUUCAAACUGUGGGAUGCUGCAUAAUGCACUCAAAAAGAACGAAGAAAUAUAUAAUGUAAAAAUAGGUCCGAUAAAUGGAGUGGAUAACUUUUUUAGAGUUCGUACCUUGAAUAACAAAGAAUAUUUUCCUGAACACAUUAAUCGCUUAAAGACUUUAAAUCAGACAGCUUCCCAGUACUGCCCAAUUGUGUUAUCUGAUGCUUAUGAUAAUUCGUUGUUUCAACCAUAUUUAGAUCCAGAACGAGAUAUAACUAUUAUCGCUGGUGAAGCUUGCCGAACACACCGUUUAAAUUAUGUUGAUACUGUGCGUCAUUUGGGGUUCGAAGGAUAUCGUUACGUUAUUAACGACAACUCUGUGGAGACAAGUUGUUUGGAUAAUGCUAUGGGAAUAAAGUUACAUAGAGGAAUGUUUGAUGUUUCGAAAUGUCUUUUUAAUGAUGUGCCCUCUGCAUUUUCACUUCCUCACUUCUAUGGUUCGACAUACAAUUGGAGUGAACAUUUUGAAGGAUUAUCACCAAACAAAAAGGACCACGAAGCCACAAUAAUUAUAGAACCGAUAUCUGGCAUACCUAUUGAAGAAAAAUACAGAUUUCAAUCAAAUAUUCCUUUACCGGAUAUGGCUGGUUAUAGCAAAGAAUUACAGCGAUUCAGUAAAAUGGUCAUACCGACCUUCUGGUAUGAAUACGAUCUGGAUGAUUUGCCACGGAUGGUUGUUUUCUUAAUGCGAUUCAAUAUAAAUGUAGUGCCAAUAGCUCAACCCAUUUGUACUGUUCUCUUUUUCAUUUUUACUCUUUGGAGUUUUUUGUAUGCAUUUCUUGCCCUAAAAGGUGUAACAAUUUCGUAUUUGGUAUUUAGUUUUUUAAAUGAGAAAAAUAAGUGAUGUAAUGUAUUUAUAAAAUAAAUAAUUUAAACCUCAUAUAUAUAAUUUAAACUCGCA